CUCUUCUUGUCUUUGGACUGCCUAAAGAGACCUGGGCAGCGGCGUUCAUACCAAAGAAAAUGUCAAACAACAAAACUACAGCAGAAGCAGAGAAUGAAACAAAAGUCCCAUUACUGGACUAUUCAUCAAAAAGUAUAGUAGGAGAAGCAAAUGAAGAUCAAAGUCUUGCACGCAGAACUUGGAUUGAAUCCAAGAAACUAUGGCGAAUUGUUGGUCCCGCCAUCUUCAGCCGCAUCGCUUCCUACUCCAUGUUCGUUAUUUCCCAAGCCUUCGCCGGCCACCUUGGUGAUCUUGAGCUCGCUGGCUUAUCCAUUGCUAGCAGUGUCAUUUGUGGCUUCGAUUUUGGCCUCUUGCUAGGGAUGGCAAGUGCAUUGGAAACUCUAUGUGGGCAAGCUUUUGGAGCAAAGAAAUACUACAUGUUGGGCGUAUAUUUACAACGAUCGUGGAUAGUUCUUCUCUUAUGUGGAGUUUUCACGUUACCUUUGUACAUAUUUGCAACUCCAGUUUUGAAGCUGCUGGGACAACCUGAUGAUGUUGCUGAGCUUUCUGGGACUGUGGCUUUAGCUUUUAUACCACUCCACUUCAGCUUUACUCUUCAGUUCCCUCUGCAGAGAUUCUUGCAGAGUCAGCUGAAGAAUAAUGUGAUUGCCUGGGUGAAUUUAGGCGCCUUUUGUAUUCAUGUGGUCUUGAGCUGGCUGUUUGUUUACAAGCUCCAUUUCGGAUUGAUGGGGGCUUGCGUUAUUUUGAAUCUUUCUUGGUGGCUUAUUGUAAUUGGUUUGCUUGCUUACGUUUUCUGUGGUGGUUGUCCUCAAACAUGGUCUGGCUUUUCCUUUGAAGCAUUUUCUGGUCUUUGGGAAUUUCUAAAACUCUCUGCUUCUUCUGGGGUCAUGCUAUGUUUGGAGAAUUGGUACUACAGGAUACUCAUCGUGAUGACUGGAAAUUUGCAGAACGCAGAGAUUGCAGUUGAUGCACUGUCUAUUUGCAUGAACGUCAAUGGAUGGGAGAUGAUGAUUCCUCUGGGAUUCUUUGCAGGAACAGGAGUAAGGGUUGCAAAUGAAUUGGGAGCUGGUAAUGGGAAAGGAGCCAAGUUUGCAACAAUUGUAGCAGUAACACAAUCAAUAGUGAUUGGUCUAUUCUUCUGGCUACUGCUUAUAUUCUUCCACAGUGAAAUCGCCUAUGUAUUCACUACCAGCCCGCCUGUGUUAGAAGCAGUACACCAGCUCUCAAUUCUCUUAGCUUUCACUGUUCUCCUCAAUAGCGUGCAGCCCAUUCUUUCAGGGGUUGCUGUGGGCUCCGGAUGGCAAUCAUACGUGGCAUACAUAAACUUGGGUUGCUACUAUUUAAUUGGCGUGCCGAUGGGAUCUGUGAUGGGAUGGGUUUUCCAUUUUGGAGUAAUGGGUAUAUGGGCUGGAAUGAUUUUUGGUGGAACUGCAAUUCAAACUGCGAUUUUGGCCAUCAUAACAGCUCGGUGUGACUGGGAGAAAGAGGCAGAAAAGGCAAAUAAUCGUGUAGACAAGUGGUCCAAACCAAGUCACACUUGAAGCUGUGAACUUGGGCGAUGAUGACGAAAUUUUGACGUUUUGAUUCUUAUAUUUGUAAUAUUAUUUUCCAAUUAACGCAGAAAAAGAGUAUAGUUUAUUAUGAAUUUGAACUAUAUAUCCUGAAAAUAAAUACUUUGUUAAUUCUUUUAGGAAUAAAAUUGAUGCGUAAAUAUAA